GCACAGUGUGUAUAUUUAAGGGACUAUACUGAACUUACAAUAAACAUAAAGUUACCAUUUUUGCCAUUUUCUCUUUGAAAUUAGUGCAGCAGCAGUCAAGAAGAUCAGCAGGCAACGAUCGAGCCAUGGCUUUCCUCUUCCACAAAUUUCAAGAGGGAGUGAAAAUUCUUGCUAAAAGCCCCACUUUUGCUAGAGAAUCGAGGCUUCUUCAGUUCGAAGCUGACAUAAAUCUACUAUUCCUUUACACCAGUUACAACCGUUUAGGAAGGAAUGCCGAAGAAGCUGAUGCAGAGGAGAUUAUUGAUAUGGCUAACAAAGCCUCAUUAGACGAUCAACAGAAGCAAGUUCAUGAGAAUGUGCAUUCUCAGGUUACAAACUUUUGCAGCUAUAUGGAUGACAUAUUACUCCUGGAUCAAAAGGUCAAAGACAAUCAGGCCACAUCACCAGCAACACUACAUUUUUCUCCUCGUAGUAGUGGCCUUGGUCUUGCUGUUGAUGGGAAUUCUCUAGCACAAGACCGCAUUGCCGUACCUGAAACCAAGACACUGCACCGCACAGAAGUUUCACAGAGGUUAAAAGAUCUUAUGGGCUACACUCUCGAGGUCAAACCAUCUCAAAUUCCUCAUGAGGAUGCUGGAAAGGGUUUAUUCUUACAAGGUGAAGCCAAUAUUGGUUCUGUCAUAGCAUUCUAUCCUGGAGUAGUCUACCCUCCAGCAUAUUACCGCUAUAUUCCUGGGUACCCUAGAGUUGAUGCCCAAAAUCCACAUCUGAUCACACGGUAUGAUGGGACUAUGAUCAAUGCUCAGCCCUGGGGUGCUGGUGGUGAAUGUCGUGAAUUAUGGGAUUGGACCAGUUCUCCUGAACCUAAGUGCACUAUGCAAGCUGGUGAAAAAGGUUCUGACCUAGAUGGAACAGACGUUGGAGGCAACCUUGAAGUGUUUGAGAGGAGAAACCCUCUAGCCUUUGCUCAUUUCGCCAACCACCCAGCCAAAGGCAUGGUCCCCAAUGUAAUGGUAUACCCUUAUGAUUUCCCCCUGCUUGAGGAGGACAUGAGACCCUAUAUACCUAAUGUUUCAUUUGGAAACGAUGAAGAAACAGAGACUAGUAAAUUUGGCAGCUUUAGGUUCAUCAAAAUGUGGAAGUCCAACAACAAUGAAUCAAAAGUCCCCGUUCUGAAGACACUUCUUCUUGUGGCUACUAGGGCAAUUUGUGAUGAAGAGGUUAUGUUGAACUACAGACUGAGCAAUUCAGAGCACAUACCGUCAUGGUAUACUCCAGUAGAUGAAGAGGACUAAGGGCAUUGGAGCUAAGAUCAUUAUGAUGAUGGAUGCAUAUACAAGGUGUUGAACAACCAUAUAAGCAAACACAUUUACACGAUCAUCAGUCAUUGCUCAAGGCCAGCGAAGAAUGCCACAUUAAUCUUGGUGAUGAUAUCUGGUUCCCUUUCAGUUCUCAACAGUUAGGAAUUAUGUAACUAGAAAACGUUGUGAUGAGCUCUAGAAAUGUUUGAAGUUUGCUCAGACCUUGAGUAACUGAAUAAGGCAGGAAAGGAAUACAUCUAUAAUUGAAAGGACGAACUCAAGACUCUGUUUAAAUCAAAAUCCUGUUUUUUUUGUGCUUUGUUA